AUGCGCGGUUCACGGUUGACGGAUUCGAUUGGCGGAAGGUCGGUGAGUGAUAGGUUCGGAGUUGGCAAAGCAACUUGCUUUCGAGCAUUGAGGAAAGUCAUAUCUGCUCUUUUCGAAAUUGCACAUCAAUUCAUUCAAUGGCCUACUGGACAAAAAGCUGUUGAAGUAAUGGACGAAUUUUAUAAAAUAAGUGGAUUACGUGGCGUUAUUGGUGCUAUAGAUGGAACACUCAUAGAAAUAAAUAAGCCCAUUGAAAAUGGUGAUGAUUAUGUAUGUCGUAAGGGUAAGGGAUACCCUGCUAUUCACUGUCAGGCAGUUUGUACUUCCAAAUUAUUAUUUACAAGUGUAUUAGUAGGUCAUGCAGGGAGUGUACAUAAUGCACGAGUAUUACGUAAUUCGCAAGUAAAUAAAUAUAUGGGACAACCAGAUGUCUAUUUCCGUGAUGAGAGUUACAUUAGAGGAGAUGCUGCGUAUCCUAUCUAUUUAAAUUUAAUGGUACCGUUUAAAAAUAAUGGUCACCUUAUCCAGGAAGAAAUUAACUUCAAUUACUGCUUAUCAUUAGCUCACAUAGUAAUUGAAAGAGCAUUUGAGAUUUUAAAAACAAGAUGGAGGAGAAUAUUUGAUAGAUUGUCGCUUAAAGCGCUCGAGGCAGGUACCUAUACGGCGGCAGCUGUUUGUACAGCUCGUAGACAAGAAAAAAAAGAUUCUUUGGACUCUACAACUGCUUCAGAGGAUGCCCACUAUGGUCCUGGAAUAGAUGAUUCGAUGUAA